GCUGGCGUGGUGGUGGUGUUUGCAGCGGGGAACGCCGGAGGGCCGAAGAGGUGGAAUCCGCUGUUGUACCGCUCCAUUGACAACUUCUCGCCCUUCUACCUCACUGUUGGCGCCAGCACCAUUGAACGGGGAGGAGCAGUGCUGGCAGCGGCGUCUGUGUCGGGGGCAGCUCUCAACGCCACAGGAACGCCGCUGCUUCCUGCUGCUAGCAGGGAUAGUCCAAGCAACACCACAACCCUGCCAUCAUCACAACAACCAGCCCAGCCAGCAGCCAUCGACACAGCAGCCAUAGCCGCGCCCAUGGUAGCCGGCUUCUCAUCUCGCGGGCCACUCAUCCGCCCCAUGAAGGGCACAGCACCGCCCUACCCCACCAACUCCAUACUCAAGCCCGACAUCAUCGGUCCGGGCGUCGCGCUCUAUGCCGCCAUGCCCGCCGCCACCAUUGGCGACGCUGCCGGGCUUGCGCAGCUGUCCGGGACGUCCAUGGCGACGCCUCAUAUCGCCGGCAUUGCAGCGCUCAUCGUGCAGCAGCAGCCUGACUGGUCCCCAGCUCAAGUCAUGUCUGCUAUCAUGACCACCGCUGCCGUGCGGAACACUAGAGGGAAGUUUAUCAGGACUGUGGGGGGGCGGACUGCGACGCCGUGGCAGGUAGGAGCAGGGCAUGUGAAUCCCGCGAGGGUUCUCGACCCCGGGUUGACGUACGACGCCGGGGAGAGCCACUACAGGAAUUUCCUCGCCGGGCAGAGCAUGUGGCGGGCAAAGAAGUUCUUUCCCGGUGCGAGCCUCAGGAGAGUAGCCCCGCGCAACGUGAACCGUGCAAGCAUCUCCAUUGGGCGCAUGAAAGGGUACCGCAAGGUGCGGCGCACGGUGACAAACGUGGCUUCCACGACCAGCACGUACACGGGGAAGAUCGUGUGCCCGUAUGGGGUUGUGAUGAUGGUGAAUCCGAAGCAGUUCACGAUCGCGCCGGGGGAGAGAGUGACGUUCACGGUGUCGGUGUGGGUGAAUGCCAAGUCGAUGCAGUUCCACUAUGGCAGCUUGACGUGGCGGGAUGAGCUCGGGCAUGUGGUGCGCUCGCCCAUUGCCGUGCAGCCGCUGCGAUACAUCAAGUGGUGA